UUCCCCUCCCUCUCCCCCCAGCCGCGAGCCUCCAGGUUUCUUAGUUGGUCCAGGCCCAGUCAGUGUCAGUCAGGGAGGCGGACUGCUGAGCACUGGGUGCGGACGCUCCAUUGCACUCUCGCUCAGGGGCCGGUGCCUGCACUCGCGCCGCCGGCUGGGAAGGAUGAAGCCGCAGCUGGAGCAGCCACCCUAUGAUUGGCUGUGGCGCUUGUGAACCCAAAGUAAAGAUGGCGGGCGGGCAGGCAUCUGCCGCACUGCCCACUUGGAAGAUGGCGGCGCACCGCAGCCUCAGCGCCCGCGGCUGGGGGGUCCUGCAGGCGGCGGCGAAAAGGCUGCUGCCGCUGCUAUUGCUGAGCUGCUGCUGCGGCGCGGGACGCUGCGCCGCGGUGGGCGAGAGCGAGGAGACGGUGAUCAUCGGGUUGCGGCUGGAGGACACGAACGACGUGUCGUUCAUGGAAGGGGGGGCGCUGCGGGUGAGCGAGCGGACUCGGGUCAAGCUGCGGGUGUACGGGCAGAACAUCAACAACGAGACGUGGACCCGCAUCGCCUUCACUGAGCACGAGCGGCGGCGUCACAGCCCGGGAGAGCGCGGGCUGGGGGGCCCCGCGCCACCAGAGCCGGACAGCGGCCCCCAGCUCUGCGGUAUGCGCACAUCAGAUAUCAUCAUCAUGCCCCAUAUCAUUCUCAACCGCCGUACAUCGGGCAUCAUUGAGAUUGAGAUCAAGCCGCUGCGCAAGAUGGAGAAGAGCAAGUCCUAUUACCUGUGCACAUCGCUGUCCACGCCAGCCCUGGGCGCCGGCGGCCCGGGGUCCGGGGGUGGCACUGUCGGGGGCAAGGGUGGCUCCGGGGUGGCCGGGCUCCCGCCGGCCCCAUGGGCUGAGACCACCUGGAUUUACCACGACGGCGAGGACACCAAAAUGAUCGUGGGCGAGGAGAAGAAGUUCCUGCUGCCCUUCUGGCUGCAGGUGAUCUUUAUUUCGCUGCUCCUGUGCCUGUCGGGCAUGUUUAGCGGCCUCAACCUGGGGCUCAUGGCUCUGGACCCGAUGGAGCUGCGCAUCGUGCAGAACUGCGGCACCGAGAAGGAGAAGAAUUAUGCCAAGCGCAUCGAGCCCGUGCGCAGGCAGGGCAACUACCUGCUGUGUUCGCUGCUGCUGGGCAACGUGCUGGUCAACACCACGCUCACUAUCCUGCUCGACGACAUCGCCGGCUCAGGCCUCGUGGCCGUGGUGGUCUCCACCAUCGGCAUCGUCAUCUUCGGGGAGAUCGUGCCCCAGGCCAUCUGCUCCCGGCACGGCCUGGCGGUUGGGGCCAACACCAUCUUCCUUACCAAGUUUUUCAUGAUGAUGACCUUCCCCGCUUCUUACCCAGUCAGCAAGCUGCUGGACUGCGUCCUGGGCCAGGAGAUAGGCACAGUCUAUAACCGGGAAAAACUGCUGGAGAUGCUCCGGGUCACAGACCCCUACAACGACCUUGUUAAGGAGGAGCUGAACAUCAUCCAAGGGGCGCUGGAGCUCCGCACCAAGACGGUAGAGGACGUGAUGACUCCCCUCCGGGACUGCUUCAUGAUCACCGGUGAAGCCAUUCUGGACUUCAACACAAUGUCGGAGAUCAUGGAGAGCGGCUACACUCGCAUUCCAGUGUUCGAGGGGGAGCGCUCAAACAUCGUGGACCUCCUAUUUGUCAAAGACUUGGCAUUCGUGGAUCCAGAUGACUGUACUCCCCUGAAAACCAUCACUAAAUUUUAUAACCACCCCUUACACUUUGUUUUCAAUGACACCAAGUUGGACGCUAUGCUGGAAGAAUUUAAGAAAGGUAAAUCUCACCUGGCUAUUGUGCAGCGAGUAAACAAUGAGGGAGAGGGGGACCCAUUUUAUGAAGUUCUGGGAAUUGUCACCUUAGAAGAUGUGAUUGAAGAAAUCAUCAAAUCUGAGAUUCUAGAUGAAACAGAUUUAUACACGGAUAACAGAACGAAAAAGAAAGUGGCCCAUCGUGAGAGAAAGCAAGAUUUUUCUGCCUUUAAGCAGACAGACAGCGAGAUGAAGGUUAAAAUAUCACCACAGCUUCUCUUGGCCAUGCACCGUUUCCUAGCAACAGAAGUAGAAGCAUUUAGCCCAUCCCAGAUGUCAGAGAAGAUCCUCCUAAGGCUGCUAAAGCACCCCAAUGUCAUCCAGGAGCUGAAGUUUGACGAGAAGAACAAGAAAGCCCCAGAAUACUACCUCUACCAGCGCAACAAGCCUGUAGACUACUUCGUUCUCAUUUUGCAGGGGAAAGUGGAAGUAGAAGCUGGGAAAGAAGGUAUGAAGUUUGAAGCCAGCGCUUUUUCAUACUACGGUGUGAUGGCCCUCACAGCCUCGCCAGUUCCUUUGUCCCUGUCUCGUACCUUUGUUGUCAGCAGAACAGAGUUGUUAGCAGCAGGUUCUUCAGGUGAAAACAAGUCGCCGCCGCGCCCAUGCGGCUUGAAUCACUCAGACUCCCUCAGCCGAAGUGACCGGAUUGACGCGAUCACGCCGACACUGGGGAGCAGCAACAACCAGCUCAACUCCUCGUUCCUUCAAGUCUACAUCCCGGACUACUCCGUGCGCGCCCUCUCUGAUCUCCAGUUUGUCAAGAUCUCAAGACAGCAAUACCAAAAUGCCUUGAUGGCAUCCCGGAUGGACAAAACCCCUCAGUCGUCAGACAGUGAAAACACUAAAAUCGAAUUGACUCUUACGGAGCUGCACGACGGGUUGCCAGACGAGACGGCCAACCUGCUCAACGAACAGAACUGCGUGACGCACGCCAAGGCCAACCACAGCCUCCACAGCGAGGGCGCCAUCUAGCGCCCGCCCCGCCGCCUCCGUCGGACCGCGAACCCCAUUAGCGUGAGCUUGCGUGCCAUGCUGCGUCCUGCGCCUCCUGAGACCAAAGACUUUGUCCCCUUCCCGGAAGCAGCAGAGGAGGUCGUGAGGGCAGGAGGGGGCCCUGGAGCUGGAAAUCGGCAGCGAGGGUGUGGCCUUCGCCAUUUUGGAGAUGAACUUCUUCCGCCCAGAUAGAAUCAUGUUUAUUUUUUCAGCUGUACCUUUUUAUUAUUCACUCUCCUCCUUCCUUGAUUUGCAUGACGUUGAAAAUUGUUGGGGUUUAUUUUUUCCAAGAGAUCACGUUUUUAAAAGUGUCUUUGCAGAGUUUCAAGUUGUCCUGCCUGAACUCUGCAGUGACCCCAUGAUGUGACCCGCUAGGAUGGACUUGCCCCUCCAGUUGCCUUCCGUGGGCCCUCCCAGCGAGGGGCCCCUUCCUCUGCGGCCCAGUGGCUGUCGCUGUCGAACCUGAAGGAUGAAUGAAGAGGACCUCGCUGAUGCCGACCGGCCCAGUCUGUGACAUUGCGGGUGGCGCCUCUACAGGGACCUGCCAUCGCCACUCUGAGCUCAGUGUUGUUUUAAGUCAAUGUUUAACUGUGUCCCUUACCCUCAGAAAGGUUUAAAUUUGCUUGGAAUGUGAUUGUGCUCCCACUCUUAAGGAAGUUUUAUCACCAAAAUGAAUGUUAAUGAAUUUUAAACCCAUGGUUUAUCAUUGGCAAGAGGCAAGGUGGCUUCCUCCCCUACACUCCUGCAGCCGGGGAUCUCCGGCGCAGCCAAGCCCUGCCCCCUGCGCCAGCAGCUCACAGAGCGCCGCCCACCUCCCCACCCGCUCUUGUUAACCCGCGAUGCUGCUACACAGAUGCCAAAUGGAAAUCUUCCCCGGGGCUUUGGAGUAAACACAGGGUGUGGAGUUCAAGCUCUUCCCCUUCCCACCGGGCUGUGCGUCAUUGUCAGAAAAGGAGCUGGGCCUUCCAGCUGUGCUCUGUGCUCCACGCUGAGGAGACUUCCCUGAACCCGUGUUUGAAGGAGGGAACUUUGGGAGCUGCCAGCCCCUGCCCCUCUUUCUACGGAGUCAGCUGUCCCUCCUCCUGUGUCCCUGGGCCUGUGAGGCCCCGUGGUGGCUGUGUCCUCUGCCCGAGGACCUCUGUGCCUCCCGCUUCUGAUGCGCCCAUGCCACCCUGAGAGGCCGCCUGUAUAGCUAGGUCAGCGCGGCCCCAGACAGGGAUUCAGAAACCAAAUGUGCGUUGUGGCCGUUUCUUGUGUGUCUCUGCCUUAUUUCAAUACCUGAUGCAUCACGAUUAGACAAAUUCAUGUCUGAAUUCUCAA